ACUUUGGUGUCAACGUGUUGUUAGUUUAUUAUGGCGUGCUCCUUUCUCCAUUCGGUUUGAAGAUUAUUUCUGGAAUGGAAUCGAUAUAUCUAUUACUACUGCAAAUCCUCUAUUUAAUUAUCCUUCAUAUUUAAAGAUAUUCGAUAAUUGGGGUUUGGAUGUAUCCGUUAAAAAUUGGUUCUUUCAUUCAAAAGAUAAGAAUCGUUUAAUUAUUGAGGCCGAUAAAAAAAGUUUACUUUCAGAAACUUUAUGCAAAUUAUUUUUUCGUCAAGAUUUAGAUUUUACACAAUUAACUCUUUGGAGAAAACCUUCUAUCUCUGACAUUCCAUCCCCUUCUAUCUUUACUCUUCAUUCUAAUCUAUUAUCUAAAUUGCGUGUACUUCACCUUAAUUUUGCUUAUACUACAGAAUCUGGUCGUUUCAAGAAUAUGGUUACCCUUGUUGCAACUUUACCUAAUUUAUGUAAAAAUCUUAGAGAAUUAGAUAUUCGUCUACAAGUUAUGGAUCUACAACUUGUGAAUCUUAUACAAUCACAAUCUAAUUUACAAUAUUUUAGAUUAGAUUGUUCUGGUCAUAUUGCACCUGCCAUAUCAGCCUUACAAUAUCAAUCCGAUUCAUUGAUUCGCGUAGAGUUUUCACACGUCCAAUUUAGUGGUAUUGCACUUGAUGCUUUAGUAUCUUGUAAAAAUAUACAUUUUUUAUCUUUCAUUAAUUGUAAAGGAUUGACAUCAUUUACUUGGAUGCCUUUGAAGAAAGCUGAGUUCAAACUUCAAAUUUUACUUGUUAGAAAAUGCGAAACAACACAAGAAUUUUUGGAAUCAGCAAUUGAAACAGCCAAUGGUAAUUUAAAUGAACUAUUCAUGAGUGAUUCAUCCCCAAAAAUAUUAGAUUCCAUUUCAAAAUUUUGUCCAAACAUUAAAACUUUCGAAAUUGAUAUCAAACAAUCUUCCGCUACUCAUUUCUUGACUUUAUUAUCAAAAUUGGUUCUAUUGGAACGUUUAUCUGUAACUUUAUUAAUUUAUGAUGCGAGUAAUUUCUUAUCAUUAUUGCCUAAUGUUCUUCCUACUACUUUAAUUAACCUUAAAUUAGCCUUCCAAAAUACACCUUGGAAUUUAGAAUCUUUUCUUAAAAAAUGUCGAGCUCCUAUACAAACUUUGAGUGUAUUCGGUAUAUUGGGUGUAGAUAAUGAACAAGUUGAUUUUAUUACUCAAUAUGCAAAGGAAAGUGAAACUCUUAAAAAAGUUUUAAUUAAUGAUCGAUUGGGAAGAAGGUUGGUUUUUCACAAAUAUUCUGAAGUUUGGACAACUUGGCCAUUAUAUCCUGGCGAUAGAAAUGACUUAAUAUAA